AUGAUGGGGAGUUCUCUUACUCCAGGAGUUAUACCCUUUGCCAUGGAGGAUGUCUUCCAGACUAUAAAAAACAUCUUGGAGAGUCGUGACAGGGGUGACCCUGCAUCUGGUGAAAAUUCAGACAGCGCCAUUAUUGUGUUCCAUUUGCCGGGGCUGAGAGAGCAAGUCAAACAGGCGCUGAAGUUGAACAAAUUGUCUGAGAAGGUGUCCCGUCUGGAGAUCCAGCUGGAAAAUGAGGCUCGGCAGAAGCAGGAGGCCAUGGAGAAAGUGGAGACUUUUGAGAGGAGGGUUGCCGAACUGGAGAUGCAGCUAGAGAAGUUGCAAAUGCCCACUGAUGCACAGCUGGAAAACAAAGUUCAGCAGAACCAGGAGGCCAUGGAGAAAGGGGCGGUUUUUGAGAGCAGGAUUGCUGAACUAGAGAAGCGGCUAGAAGAAAAGUCACAAAUGCCUGCUGAUGCGCAGGAGGCCCUGGUGAAGGUGGUGACUUUUGAGAGGAGGGUUGCUGAACUGCAGAAGAUGCUAGAGGAAAAGUCUCAAAUUUCCACUGACUCACAGGAGCAGGAAAUGGUUGCUGCUGAGCGUGAUUAUCUCAAGCAGGAGCUCAACAUUCUAAUGGGAUGGACUGAAAACUUGAAGAAAGAAAAGGCUGCACUUCUUCAGGAGAUGGAGGAGAAGAAAGAGAUGGAUGAGUUCAAUUCUCUGGAAGAGGAGAGCAAAAGAGAAUAUGAGAAAGAACUACUGAAUGAAAUGUCCUCCUUAAAGAAGGCUGUGGAGGCAUCUGGAUGCAAAUCUCAAGAGCUUGAGGUUACUGAGGAUGACUACGCUCCUGAACCACACGGAGGACGCUCUGAGAACGCUGAAGGAGACUCUGAGAAGAUCACAGCAGGAGGGAGAACAGUUAUCCAUGUUUCCACUCAGCAAGGAGAUAUUGCCAAGUGGAAUGCUAGAGCAGUUACGCUGAAGGAGAGGAGGGACGUGGUAGAAACGCCUCCAUCUGCAUGUACUCAUACAAAACGACGCCUUCCCAUGACUUCUGAGGACCUCAACUCUCCCAUGAGGUUCCUUCACUCUCCCAAGAAGUUCAUAGACUACCCCAAAAAGUUUAUUUAUUCUCCCAAGAAGUUCCUCGACUCGCCCAAGAGAAAGUUCUUUGAUGUCCGAUCCCUGAUGCGACGUAGAUGGCUCAUGAUCCCAUUGUUGGUGCAGGGCUGGCUGCUAGCGUCUCCAAUCAGUGUUCGUGAGCGAGCCUGUCCUCAAAGCUGUAGAUGUGAUGGGAAAAUAGUAUACUGUGAGUCCAAUGCCUUCCGGGAUGUGCCAAACAAUGUGUCUGUGGGAUGCCAGGGCCUCUCUCUGCGUUACAACAGUUUAGUGAAUCUCAGAGCUAGUCAGUUCUCAGGCCUCAGUCAGCUUGUUUGGCUUUAUCUCGACCACAACUACAUUAAUACAGUGGACAGCCAAGCCUUCCAUGGGGUACGGAGGCUCAAGGAGUUGAUUCUCAGCUCUAACAAGAUCACACAGCUACAAAACAACACUUUCCAUACUGUCCCUAACUUACGCAAUCUUGACCUUUCUUACAACAAGCUGCAGGCCCUCCAGCCCAGUCAAUUUCAGGGCAUGCGGAAGUUGCUUAGUCUCCACUUGCGGUCCAACUCCCUGAAAACGGUCCCAAUGCGUGUUUUUCAGGAUUUGCGCAAUUUGGAGUUCCUCGAUCUUGGCUACAAUCGAUUGCGAAGCCUGACUCGAAAUGCUUUUGCUGGACUGCUCAAGUUGAUCGAGCUUCAUUUGGAACACAAUCAAUUCUCAAAGAUCAACUUCUCUCACUUUCCCCGCCUCACCAACCUGCGGGCACUCUAUUUGCAAUGGAACCGAAUUAAGUCAAUAAACCAGGGUCUAACCUGGACGUGGACGUCCUUGCAAAAACUGGAUCUUUCUGGAAAUGAACUGCAAGUUGUGGAUGCCAGUACGUACCAAUGUCUCCCCAACCUACAGACCCUGAACCUGGACUCCAAUAAGCUUAGCAACAUGUCCCAGGAGACAGUGGAUAGCUGGAUCUCCCUCACCACCAUCAGCCUCGCUGGUAAUGUGUGGUACUGUAGCCCUACCAUCUGCCCCUUAGUGGCCUGGUUGAGGAACUUCAAGGGGAACAAGGAGACCACUAUGAUUUGUGCUGGGCCUAAGGAGGCCCAGGGAGAGAAAGUGAUCGAUGCAGUAGAGACAUUUAGUAUCUGUAAGGUCACUCCCACCACCCCUUUUGUCUCAACCACAGCCUCCCUCAACAUCCCAUCUCAGCCUGAGCUCCUGCCCCUUCCCACGUUGCUCAGGGUUGAGGAGGAGUUGACUCGCAGUGCUACGACCAUUCCGUCUCCUUCAGGGGUCUCCCCUACCACCCCAGAGCAGGACUUUGAGUAUGUGUCUCUCCAUAAAAUUAUUGCUGGCUGUGUGGCACUUUUCCUGUCGGUGGCUAUAAUUCUCCUGGUUAUUUAUGUGUCCUGGAAGCGCUACCCCAACAGCAUUAAGCAGCUCCAGCAGCGCUCCAUGGUCAAAAAGCGGCGAAAAAAUGUGCGGGAAACAGAAAGCACUCUCAGCUCACCUCUGCAAGAGUAUUAUGUGGACUACAAACCUGCAAACUCUGCAACUAUGGAUGUGCUGGUUAAUGGGACUGGACCCUACACAUACACAAUCUCAGGCUCCAGAGAAUGUGAGGUAUGA